ACCGCGUGCUUUGAUUGAAACGCCUUCAACGAGGUUUCCCAUGAUUGGCCGGCCGGCAAUCCACAAUGCUGGUUGAAUUAAAAAACACACAGAAUUUAUCCGUUUCUGUUUCCUCUGUAUUUGUUUAAAGAGGAGUGUUCGUAAGCGUGUCGUUUGUCUGUCUGCAUUGCAAUGGUCUGUUGUCAUUGACCUUAAUUUGGAGCCAAAGUGAGGCGCCAUGGCUAGAACCUGGCUUCACCUAACUUCUUCCUUUCUGAUCGUCUGUUGCGUAAUCGGGUUCCUGAUCUCCACCGUCGUUGCCGAAAAUCAUCAACGACCGCCGACGGUCCUUCCGCUAAGUCUAUCAUCACGCAAUCAUUCCCUGCAUCGGCACGUGGACAAUCUACGCCGUCGUCUCUUCCAAUCGAAGCUCUCCGGUUCCACUCCAAAUGCUCGCUUGAGACUCUACGACGAUCUCCUAUCGAACGGUUACCAUACGGCUCGGCUACGGAUAGGAUCGCCGCCUCAGGAAUUCGCUCUUAUCGUGGACACCGGAAGUACUGUAACUUAUGUUCCUUGCUCCAGUUGCUCACAUUGCGGCAACCAUCAGGAUUCAAGGUUCCAACCAGAGAUGUCUAGCACUUAUCAACCUGUAAAAUGCAAUCCAAGUUGUAACUGUGAUGAUGAGCAAAAACAAUGCACUUAUCAUAGACGGUAUGCUGAAAUGAGUUCCAGCAGUGGGGUGCUUGGGGAGGAUCUUGUUUCUUUUGGGAAUGAAAGUGAACUUAUGCCUCAGCGUGCUGUGUUUGGUUGCGAAAAUGUGGAAACAGGUGACCUUUAUAACCAACGAGCUGAUGGUAUAAUGGGUUUGGGUCGUGGGCGGCUUAGUAUCAUGGAUCAACUUGUAGAUAAGGGUGUUAUUGGUGAUUCAUUUUCUUUGUGUUAUGGAGGGAUGGAUGUUGAUGGGGGUGCAAUGGUUCUCGGAAAAAUCGCUCCUCCUCCUGAUAUGGUCUUCUCCCAUUCUGACCCUUUCCGCAGCCCUUACUACAACAUUGAGAUGAAGGAAAUUCAUGUUGCUGGAACGAUUGAGUUACCAGAUGGGGCCUUUGAUGGAAGGCAUGGAACAGUUUUGGACAGUGGAACAACAUACGCUUACUUUCGACGAGAUGCUUUUGCUGCAUUUAGGGAUGCUAUCCUUAGUGCAGUUCAUUUUCUCAAAAGGAUCCCUGGUCCUGACCCUAAUUAUAACGAUAUCUGUUUUACUGGUGCUGGAAGGGAUGUCUCACAACUACCAAAAAUUUUCCCACAGGUUGAGAUGGUAUUUAACAAUGGAAAGAAGUUAUUGCUGUCUCCAGAAAACUACCUGUUCAGGCAUUCAAAAGCUAGUGGUGCAUAUUGCUUGGGAAUUUUCCCAAAUUCAGAAUCGACAACUCUUUUAGGAGGAAUUGUCGUCCGGAACACCCUAGUUACUUAUGAUAGGAGUAAUGACAGGAUAGGGUUUUUAAAUACUAAUUGUUCUGAACUAUGGAGGAGAGUUCAGUUCUCUGGUGCUCCUGCACCAACUCCUUUAGUCUCCCCAAGCAAGGAUACUAAAAUGGAAAUUCCUUCUGUACUAUCCCCAAGUGGGUCACCAUCAAAUGUUCUUCCAGGUUCAUUUCAUGUUGGAUUUAUAACGUUUGAUAUGUCAAUUAGCACCACUGAUUCAAACUUGAAGUCCAUCCUCAAGGAGCUUACAGAAUUAAUUUCGGAGGAACUGGAAGUCGAUAAUUCACAGAUUCGCUUGCUUAAUGUCACUUCACAAGAGAAAGAUUACCUUGUUAGAUGGGGCAUUUUUCCUGCUGAACCUGCUAAUUAUAUCUCGAAUACCAUUGCAAGGAGCAUCAUCCUGCGCUUAAGGGAUCAUAGAAUACAGUUACCUGAGAGAUUUGGAAAUUAUAAGUUGAUGGAAUGGAAUGCCGAACCUCAAAGGAAGUUGACAUCGUGGCAACAUCGCUUUCUGAUAAUGUUAGUUGGAUCCGUCACAACUCUGAUUCUCAGUUUAUCAGCUAUUGGCAUAUGGUUGGUCCACCGGCAACGACAACAAACUGCUUAUGAGCCUGUUGGUGCUUCUGUACCAGAAAGAUAUCUUCAGCCUCUUCAAUCUUAAAUAUUUAUCUGGGAAUAGUUUUCUUGUAUACUAUAUUAUUAUUCUGCAUACCAUACAUGCUUUUGAAGCUCUCAAAACAACAAUGAUGGUGCUUCCAAGCCAGACCAGUACUACUCGAUGAACUACUACCCAGUGCCUCUGUUGUAAAUGAUAGUUUAUCAUCCAUUUUUAUUAGAAAAACGGAAACAAAAAGGAAAUCUCUUUGAUUUCCUGAGAUCAAGUUAUACGAUACUUGAUCCAGAAGGAAAUUGCAAACUUGAUUGAA